AAGCUCUACUAGUGUAUAACAGGGAUUGGCACACAUCAUUUGCCAUGAGUCAACCUUCCAUGUGGUAGUUAAAUAUCCGAAUUUCACCAUGUACCCAAGGGUCAUCCUAAAGGAAACACUGUUCAAGAAAUCACAACAAAAGAGAAGAACUUCACCAUGCAAUUACAAAGAGAGGAUUUUCGUGUUAAACACACAGGAUCUUACAUACUUUGAACAUCGUCCUGGGAAAAAGGCAACUCAAAAAGGCUGCAUCGAACUGUCUCAUAUCAAGUGUGUGGAGAUUGUACGCAGUGAUGUUCCCAUUCCCUGUGAUUACAAGUACCCUUUCCAGAUUGCCCAUGACAGCUACUAUCUGUAUGUGUUUGCUCCAGACAACGAUUGCAGGUUAAAAUGGGUCAAAGCUCUGAAAGAAGCGACGCAAAAUAACAACUUGUUUCUGAAGUACCAUCCUGACUUCUGGGUAGAAGGGAAAUGGAGAUGUUGUCUUCAGACAGAGAAGCUGGCAGCGGGAUGCAGUGAAUACUAUCCCAAUGGAGCCAAACCUCUUCCUCCAACUCCAGAUCCAAUGAGACGAUCUUCAGAUCCAGAGGACAGGAUUGUUGUGGCUUUGAGGAAUUUCAGCCCUGUAGAAGAUACAGACCUUCCUCUACAUAAAGAUGAAGAGUAUUUUAUCGUAGACUGUAGUGAACCGAACUGGUGGACUGUGAGGGACAAAGAUGGAAAUGUUGGUUCUGUGCCGUGCAUAUAUAUUUCAGAAAAAAUAUCAAACAACAUUGAGAAAUUUGAAUGGUACAAUAAGGACGUAACUCGGACAGAGGCAGAGGAGUUACUCAUGAGAGAGAACAAGGAUGGGGGUUUCAUGGUUCGUGACUCUAAACAUCCAGGUGUAUACACCGUGUCAAUAUUUUCCAGAGUUUCAGGGUCUAAUGGAGAGAAGUAUCCCCUAGUUAAGCACUACCAGAUCAAAGUACAGAAAGAAGGUGAAAAAGUCAUGUAUUUCCUAGCUGAGAAAUACCUGUUCUCAAGCAUUCCAGAGCUCAUCCGCUAUCACCAACACAAUCCGGCAGGUUUGAUAACAAGAUUGAGGCAUUGUGUAUCUAAAAACGUUCCAAACUCUUCAAGGAUCAAGGAGUUGUCUUCAGAUAAAUGGGAGAUUCACCCUGAUGAACUGAUACUAAGUGAGGAACUGGGCAGUGGGCAGUUUGGUUUGGUCUGGAAGGGAAGCUGGCAUGACCGGCAGGUGGCAGUUAAAUCCGUCCGUGAGGGUUUCAUGUCAGAGGAAGAAUUUAAAGAGGAAGCACAAGUUAUGAUGAAACUUUCCCACGAUAAACUGGUCCAGUUGUAUGGUGUGGUCACUCAGCGCUCACCCAUCUAUCUGAUAUUUGAAUUCAUGGAGAAUGGCUGCCUAACAGACUUCUUACGUGCCAAAAAAGGCAGUCUUUCCCAGGAGACCUUGCUGGAGAUGUGUUUGGAUGUAAGUGAGGGGAUGGCCUACCUGGAGAGCUCCAACUUCAUCCACAGAGACUUGGCUGCAAGGAACUGUUUGGUUUCUGAAGAUAAUGUGGUGAAGAUAGCAGAUUUUGGAAUGACAAGGUUUGUCCUAGAUGACCAAUACACCAGUUCUUUUGGGUCCAAAUUUCCAGUCAGGUGGUCUUCUCCAGAGGUGAUCAAAUUCGGGAAGUACAGCAGCAAAUCAGAUGUGUGGUCAUUUGGUGUUCUCAUGUGGGAGGUGUACAGUGAGGGACGUGUGCCCUAUGACAACCGUAGUAAUGCAGAAGUAGUGGAGGCCCUAAAUGCAGGACUACGGCUCCUGAAACCCCGCCUCUGUCCAAAGAGUGUGUAUGAGUUAAUGCAGUGGAGCUGGAAAGAGAAACCUGACGAUCGCCCCUCGUUUGCUCUGCUCCUGCAUGAACUGGCCUGCCUUGAUCAAGAACCUUGAUCCUGAUCACACCUUUCCCGUUGAAUUAAAGUGACAGUUCACUCAAAAAUUAACAUUUUGUGAUUUUAAUCACCCUUGUUUCAUUUCAAACCUGUAAACAGUUUAUAUAUAUAUAUAUAUAUAUAUAUAUAUAUAUAUAUAUAUAAUAUAUAUAUAUAUAAUGCUUAAUUCUGAAGAAUCUUUGGUCAAUCAUAUUGAAAAAAGGCACUAUAAAAGGAACAUAGACAUGGUGUAUAUGACUUUUGGGAGUUCUGAAGCAAUAUGAUAUCUUUGUGUGAGGAAAAGACUAAAAUUUAAAUCAUUAAUAACUGAAAAUGAUGUGCUUUCUGCUGCAGCUUGACAGAUUAUGAACUGUUGUUAUAGGGAAACAAGCUGCUUCAAAAAAAAAUUCUUUAGUGUUCAACAGGUUUGGAAUGGCAUUAGGGCGAGUAAAUAAUGACAAUUUAUUUUUGGGGGGUGAAUUAUCCCUGUAAAUGAAAAUACUGUAUAUUGUACAAAUCACAUAUUGUAUUUAUUUGUAUAUUUUAUUUAUUUCACAGAUUUCUUAUUUUCAUAAUUCAUUUCACAUUCUAUCACUGAAUGGCAUAUUUCCUGUGUUUAUAUACAUGCAUGAUUUCUGCAAACACAAUUCUGUCCUUUAGGAGGCACACAUGAGCCAUGUUUUUUCAACCACCAGUAAAAAUGCUUAUUAUUAGUUUAUUCCUGCAUAUUUAACAAAACGUCACAUUUACAUAUUUGUACUGAUUCUGUCAUUGGUGCUUUCCUUUGUUUGCAUAAGGUCAUUUUCACAAUUUUUUCACAAUAAACUCACAAUUUCCUAAAUUAAGUAAAUGUUACAAUACUCUAUUUGAGCUGAAGUGUUCAUGAAAUUGGAUUAUAUUAAAAGUCAUAUUCUCAAGUUA